UUGUAAUUUUCGUGCCGAAAUUAGUACUAUUAUUUUAAAAAUCGAAAUUAGAGACGGAAUCUCGCGUGGUUUGCGAGGUUUUCCCCUUGUCGCUCGCCGUAGUGGGAGCACGCUGAAGCACUAGUUCUUAGUCACUUAUGGAAUGUUUACAGAAAACUACAUUUCAGUCCUCGUAUUUCCGAUCCACUAACAGCCGUUUGUAAACGCAAACAUCUGCAUUGUACGACGUCCUUCCUGGAACUGGCAGAAGUUAUGGCGGACCAUGCUCCCUCUGUUGCUAUGGAAGCUGUGCUCAAGCGCAGUUGUGACCUCCCAGAAGACAUGACCAAGAUCAAGGGCUAUGACUUCAACCAGGGGGUCGAUCUUCAUGCACUUUUAAAAUCCUACCACUCCACAGGCUUCCAGGCCAGCAGCCUGGCCAAGGCCAUCCAGGAAGUCAACCAUAUGAUAGAGAAACGUCUUGAACCCGUAGAGACAGAGUCCAAAGAUUCUGGAGAUUCAUCAAACAAAACUGGCUGCACUAUCUUCCUGGGUUACACUUCAAACCUCAUCAGCUCCGGCGUCAGAGAGAGCAUCCGUUAUUUAGUCGAACACAAAAUGGUGGAUGUGAUUGUUACCACAGCUGGUGGCAUCGAGGAAGAUUUGAUCAAGUGUCUGGCUCACACAUACUUGGGGGAAUUCAGUCUACCUGGCAAGGAGCUCCGUCUGAGAGGGAUUAACAGAAUAGGGAAUCUGCUGGUCCCCAACGAUAACUAUUGUAAAUUUGAAGACUGGCUGAUGCCCAUCCUGGACCAGAUGUUGCUGGAACAGAACGCAGAGGGCACUCGAUGGACUCCGUCUAAAAUGAUCCAUCGUCUUGGAAAAGAGAUCAAUAAUACUGACUCUGUUUAUUACUGGGCAUAUAAGAAUAACAUCCCUGUGUUCAGCCCUGCCCUGACGGACGGCUCUCUGGGCGACAUGAUUUACUUCCACUCUUUCAAAAACCCUGGUUUGGUGUUGGACAUAGUUGAAGACAUCAGGAGGUUGAACAGUCAGGCAGUGUUUGCCAAACGGACAGGAAUGAUCAUUUUGGGAGGAGGAUUGGUCAAACACCAUAUAGCCAACGCUAACUUGAUGAGAAAUGGAGCUGACUAUUCUGUAUACAUAAACACGGGUCAGGAGUUUGAUGGCUCUGACUCUGGAGCCAGACCCGAUGAAGCCGUGUCCUGGGGCAAGAUCAGAAUGGAUGCCAGUCCUGUCAAGGUGUAUGCAGACGCCUCUUUGGUUUUCCCUCUGAUUGUGGCCGAGACCUUCGCUCGACAUGCGGACAAGCUAAUCACCAGCAAGGAAACAGAUUGAAUGGCCAUCAUUUUAAUGCUGUGUCAUACAAAUCUACCUGCUGCUCCCUCUGGUUCUUCUUCUUUCAUAUUUAGCCACAGAUGUGCUGACUUUCCCAACACCCUCCCGUACUGCUUGGCAACUUUAAUAAGCAGCAUCACGCUGUUGUCGGAGCUUAUGUAAGGGAAUACCAUGGUGAAUGUUUCCUGCCUUAAUGCCUUUAAUUCCAUUAUUGACUUGUUAAAACACGAAUACUUUUUCUUCUCUUUCUUGACAGUGAAACUCACACGUUAGCAGGCUAUAGCAUGCACCCGAGAGAUUGUCAAGAAUUUAACUGGUUUUAACGGUGCUGUCUGCGGUGGAGGGAGAGAGAGAACGCAGUCAGGUGAACGAGUUGUGUUGAUAUUUAUAUUUUUAAACAUAUUUUAGUUCAGCUGCACACGAGCUUCAUCAAUGUUACCUCAGUUUCUGUAUUUUUUUGGUUUUAUUUAAAUUUGAUGCCACUGUUUAAAAAUGAAAUAUAUGCCUACUCAGCUCAAUACAUCAGGGGGGGUUUUUUCCCCUCUGGUAUAUUAUUACACUAUUACACUUGCUUUGUCGCAAA